GUGAUGGCGGCGCGGCAGGUCAGUGUGUGAGGCGCCGUGACCAGCUCGCGGCACCCCGCACGCCGCUCCGGCACACGCCACCACACCCACGCCAGCGAUCACCUCACGGCACGCACAGCGGGAGCCAGGCGGCGCGGGCGGUGGUGCCUGCGGCGGCCGGAGUGGCUGGCCGGUGCGGCAGCGGCGUGAGUGCGUGAGUGCGUGCGUGCGUGUCGGUGCAGGGGCGCCGAGGCAACAGCAGCAGUAGCAACAGAGGGCGCCGGGUCUGCGGGGCCCGGACAUACAGCCGUCAAGAUCGUGUGGUCGGUGGUGUCGGGCAUGGCGGGGCGCGGGGCCGGGGGGGCGGGGGGCGGGGGCGCGGGCCAGGGGUAUGAGGUGCCCCCGGGGCUACAGGAGCUGCUCAUUGAGUUCACGGUGGCGGUGUUGGUGGAGCGCCCCUCGGACCUGCUGGCCUACGCCUCGGACUACUUCCUGCGCCUCCACCAGGAUCGUGGCAAGGCCAGGCCGCUGCCCGCCUCCCUCCACCCCCACCAGGACGACCAGGACGACGACGAGGAGGACGACGAUGAGCCCAUGCCAGCGCCACGUCAAUCUGGCACUCUCUGGCUCUCCUAUCUGUUAGUGCCGGACGCUGAGGAGAUACAGUGCCAGGGUGCCACCAGGUCAACUCAGAACCUUCAAAAUCCAAGCCAGGUCAACUCAGAACCUUCAAAAUACAAGCCAGGUCAUCUUAGAACCUUCGAAACCAAGCCAGGUCAUCUUAGAACCCCAAAAAACAAGCCAGGUCAUCUUAGAACCAGAAAAACCAAGCCAGGUCAACUCAGAACCUUCAAAACCAAGCCAGGUCAACAAACCACCCAGAAAGUGAAGCCAGGUCAUCUCGGAGCCCUCAGAAGCCAAGCCAGUUCAAGGUCACCCCCCCAGGAAGGUCAAGAGGGGUCAAGAGAGGUCAAGAUGCAGCCUAAGAAGAAAAAGUCAAAUUCUGAAGGUCAUGAACCCGAAUGUGUUAGCUAUAGGCCUAAUGCUGAGGUGGCGUGUGACUUCCUCCCGCCCGCGCCCGCCCACGCCCACGCCCCCGCCCACGCUAAGGGGAAGGAGAGGAAGGAGGAGGAGGAGGUGGUGAAAAAAGGAGUGCACAUUGAAUUAAAUCCUGCAUAUUAUCUGGAAGAGAGGAAGAAGGAAGAGGAAGAGGAGAAGGAAGAGGAGAAGGAGGAGGAGGAGGAGGAGGAGGAGUAUGAAGAACCUCCUCUAAACCGGUUCUCGCGAAGGAAGUCUGUCUUUGCCGAAGCUUAUGAUCCUGAAGAAGAUGACGACGAAGGAGAGAGGAUCAUCCACGCCAAAUCAGACGAACAAAGGCAAAGGUUGUCAGAAUCGGUCAAAACCAUCUUCCUCUUCCGCUCCUUAGACCAGGUAAGUAGUAGCAGUAGUAGUAGUAGUAGUAGUAGUAGUAGUAGUAGUAGUAGUAGUAGUAGUCUCGCACCUUCUUUUUCCAUCCUUUUUCGUUAUAAACUUUUUCUUUUUCUCUUUUCUCUUUUAAAAAUAUUCGAUUCUUUAACACAAAUCCUUCUGACCUCCCACAGGGGCGUGUACAAUAUAUUCGUCAAGGGAGACCAAGACCCUGAGCCAAUCCUGGUGGGGAAAUAUGACAAUGCCGGGAGUUUUGGGGAGCUGGCCCUGAUGUACAACCUCCCUAGGGCCGCCACCAUCCAGGCUGUGUCCUCAGGGUCGCUGUGGGCCAUGGACCGCAACACCUUCAGGAGAAUAUUACUGAAAUCUGCCUGCAGGAAGAGGAAGAUGUAUGAGUGUCUCCUGGAAAAUGUCCCCAUGUUGAAGACCCUGGAGAAAUAUGAGCGCAUGAACCUUGCCGACGCGCUGGUGACGAAGGUGUACGAUGACGGGGAGCGGAUCAUCAUGCAGGGCGACGUGGGUGAUGGAAUGUUCUUCGUGGAGGACGGAACAGUUCGAGUCAUCAUGACCAAGGACGACAACCAGGAGAAGGAGAUAAGUCGGGUCACAGUGGGCGGGUACUUUGGAGAGCUGGCCCUGGUCACCAAGAAGGCUAGAGCUGCCUCUGUCUUUGCUGUGGGGAAGACAAAGGUCGCCUUCCUGGACGUGGAGGCGUUUGAGCGUCUGCUAGGGCCGUGCAUGGACCUAAUGAAGAGGAACAUUGAGGAUUAUGAAAAUGAGCUGCUUAGAAUCUUUGGCUCCAAGGCGAACAUUUCUGACAUCCGAUGAGGAGAAGAUGUCGCCACCUUGCCUGUGUCUGUGUCUGGCACUGACCAGCGGCGCGCAGCAGCAGCGGCGGCGGCGGUGACCCAAGACCCGAGACCAGAGGGGGAGGGGACGAGGGGGGGUGUGGAUUAAAUAGUUUUGGUCAAAGAAAUCUGGCAGACUGAAAAUUCCUUGAUGUUUUUCUCUUCGUUUUCAUUUUUUUUAAUUUCACGUCUUGCUUCUCUUGUGUCAGGUCAGGUGUGUUGACCUAACCUGACCUGACCUGACCUGGCCUGGCGCUGGGGAAGUGAGUGUGUGUGACCUCCCCUGUACAGUGUUUUUUGCUUCAAGGUCACCCACUCGUUCAGUGGUUCAGUGGUUCAGUGUUGCGUUAGGUCACCAGGGCAGUGUUUGGUGACCGGUGGGUGUACAGGGUGUGUCACAAGGAGGGGGUGCUGGUAAGGAUCAAAUACCACCAUGUAUUGUCUACCUAUGUACAUACAGGGUGCCCCAAAAGAAGCUGUCACACUCGGAGGAAAUUAAAGUGUAUGUGUCGAUGUCUAGCCUUACACACACACACACACACACACACACAGCAAAGGCUCCCUCAAACACACACACAUUCACAUAGCAAGGCCCCACAGCACACACCACCCCACCUCAUCCCCCCUCCUCUGCACCUCCUUACCCCCCCCACACCACAGCAAGGACCCCCACAGUCAACCCUAUUUAAACCAGAAAAAACGUAGAAUAACCCCAUAACUUCCACUUCUGAGACACCCUGUAUGUUUCUAAUUAGCUAAUCUUUUACCUGUUUUUGGGACACCCUGUAUAUGUUUCUCCCAUGAUCCUUUGCGUUUUGUCAGUCUGUCGGGGGAUGCGAGGCCGGCAGUGUCUGUAUGUACGUGUGUCUGGCUGGGUUAGGGAAGUCUAGGGUUGAGAAAUUUGGAGUUCGAAAAAAUUUUACCCUAUUUUUUUUAAUUUUUUUUUUCAGGUCUCGUCAAACUGGCUAAAGGGUUUACUUGUCAAAAAAAAAAAAAAAAAAAAAAAAAAAAGUUAUAACCGCCCCCCCUCCCCCCUGGACUGGAAUAUUUAGGGUGUAUUUCAGGGUGUAUGUGAAAAAAAAUUUGCACCCUGAUCCCUUUCUUCAUAAAUUCCCUGUUCCUGGCUAAUUUAGGGACAAAAUCUGACAAAUUUCCCUAAAUGUAUGUAACUUUCCCCCAGCUGGCUUUAGGGGUCAAAGGUGAAUAAAAGGUGAAAUAAGGAUGAAUUUAGGGUGAUUUUAUGGAUCUAGGGAAUUCGACACCCAGGGAAAACAAUAAUAUGUGGAUAAAUUUAUACCCUGAUUCUACUGUCCAUAAUUUCCCUGUUCCUGGCUAAUUUAGGGACAAAGUUAGACAAAUUUCCCUAAAUGUAUGUAACUUUCCCCCAGCUGGCUUUAGAGGUGAAAGGUGAAUAAAAGGUGGAAUUAGGGUGAUUUUCAGGGUCUAGGGAACUGAACAGCUAGGAAAAACAUAAAAAUAUAUGUAAAUUUUCCCCCCAGCUGGCUUUAGGGGUCAAAGGUGAAUAAAAGAUGAAAUUAGGGCAAUUUAAGGGUGAUUUGAAGGGUCUAGGGAAUUCGGAAGCCAGAAAAAAAAACAUCAAAAAUAAAUAAAUUCCCCUUCAGCUGGGUUUAGGGGCCGAGAGGAAAUAGGAGUGGAAUUAAGGUGAUAUAAGGGUGAUUAGAAGGGUCUAGGGAUCUGAACAGCCAGGAAGACUACUAAUAUCAUCUUAUAUACAGUGGAUGACUAUAUAUAUAUUUUUUUCAAUGUCUGAUUGUUGUCGAUUAAUUGUAGCAGCGGCGGCGGCUGUGUUUGGACCGCUGGUUCCUCUGUAGCCUAUCCGGAAUUUAUCUCCUUGUUUUGAUUCACUAUGCUUCUCAGAUUAUUACUAUUAUUACUAUUAUUAUUGUUAUUAGUGUUGUUGUUGUUAUUAUUAGUGUUGCUGUCGCCGCUCUGUGUUGUAUUUAAGUUGUUUGUUGUCUUUGGUUGAAUUACUGCGGUGAGUGAGAAUGUAAACUAAUAAUAAUAAUAAUAACAAUAAUAAUUACAUAAUACUUCUAAUAAUAACUCUACCAUGAUAAUAAUGGUAAUAAUAAUAAUGGUAAUAAUAAAACCAUGUAAAAAUAAUAAUAAUAAUAAUAAUAAUAACAAUAAUAAUAACUGAAAUAUAACAAAACUUCAUCAAAUAGAAAAAAUAAAUAUAUAAAUUGUCUCUAUGAAGGUCAAGAACGUGUGACCUUAAUGAGAGAGAGAGAGAGAGAGAGAGAGAGAGAGAGAGAGAGAGAGAGAGAGAGAGAGAGAGAGAGAACACCACA